AUGAUGCGCCGUAAAAAUUCAUCUUCAAGCUUUGGAGAGCUCAAUAUCGACCAACUGAUUUCGACGCUGGUAUCCGUGAAACCCUGGCAUAAGACACUGGAUGUGACUGAGAAUGAAAUUCGAAUGGUUUGUGUUUUGGCCAGACAGAUCUUCAUGCAUCAACCGAUGCUUCUGGAGUUGGAGCCUCCUCUUAAAAUUGGAGGCAAAAGACGAUACAGUGUAAAACUAUGGAAAUGCUUCCAAGAUGUGUUCAACUGUAUGCCAGUCGCCGCUCUCAUCGAUAACAAAAUCUUCUGCUGCCACGGUGGUCUUUCUCCGAAUCUUCGAUCUCUCGACCAAUUGAAACGACUCUCUCGUCCAUGUGAUGUUCAGGAAACUGGUCUUCUGUGUGAUGUUCUCUGGUCUGAUCCAGAUGCAACAGUCGUUGGAUGGGCACCAAAUGAAAGAGGUGUCAGUUAUGUAUUCGGUGUGGAUGUUCUUGCUCAGUUCCUUCAAAAAAUGGAUUUGGAUAUUGUGGUUCGAGGACACCAAGUCGUAGAAGACGGUUACGAAUUCUUCGGAAGACGUGGAUUGGUUACUGUAUUUUCCGCACCCAAUUACUGCGGAGAGUUCGACAAUGCUGGAGCAGUGAUGAAUGUUGACGAGAACCUUUUAUGCUCCUUCCAGAUCCUAAAACCACAAUCCCAACUUGUGAUGGAUGCAGCUUUGGCUGAGAAACAGAACAACUUUGUUGCCAAUCUCGCAGGAAUGGCCAAUAUUAAAAUUGAACAGAAACCACAACCAAUGAUUCAAAAACGAUUCCGUCGUGGAAUGCUGUAA